CAUCAUUCAUUCAACAGCAGGUUUUCCUUGUCCCUUCUGCGUUCGUGUGAAGCGUGUCCAUUUUCCGUAUUUGACGUUGGAUGCGAUAGUUGAUCGAAAUGAACUCUCUCCUUUAUCUGUUUCCGCUAGUCUUGUUUUCGGCAUUUUUUGGAUGGACAAACGCUGCCAUUGCAAAUGUGGGUCUCGAUUUCAACAAUGCUCAGCACCAAGAAGCUAAGCGCAACGCACCGGAUGUUCCCUUGGACCUCGGGGCACUGAAGGACAAUCCAAUGGUGAAAGCAGGACUAGAGAAGGCGGCCGAGGUUAUGAAGCAUCCUCAAGUUCAAGCCAUUUUGCAGAGCGAGGCUUUCAAGACUCAGAUGAAGCCUGAGAACCUGAAAAAGCUCUUGGAUAGCGACACUAUUCCGAAACUGGUUACUGCAGAAAACAUCAAAAAGAUGUUGGCGACUCCACAAGGGCAAAAAUUCUUGGCGAACGAACAGGUCAAGGCGUUCAUCACGAGUGACAUGUUUAAAGCGUACCUCGUCAAGUUCAAGGAAAUUCUUCCACAACUCAUUGUACUGGCGAGGACUAAAGUCGAUCAAAUGUUGGCUGCUCAACAAGCCGGCUAAAUUGCCGACUGGAUAAUGACGUAAUCUUAACAAUAUAUUAAUAAUUAGUCGAUUUCUGAAAUUACCGUCUCAACU